UAAUCUUAUAGUUUAUUGCUUUUUAUUAGUUUUUUUGUAGUGUAUAUUUGACAAUGAGUUAAGAAAUAAAGGAUAAAAUGACUUGGCAGGGAUUCGGAGACGGUUUCGCAUCUGUACCCCUGUUACCACUCCAAAAAGCGGCAGGGGUAAAUUAAGUCGUGUUUCUAGGGUGAAGUGAAGGGAGCCCAUCUCAUGGAGUGUUAAGGGCCUGAGCCAGCAUACACGCCAAUCCUCAGUGCCCGGGACAGGCGGUGUGGCGUGGUGUUGAGGUGAGCAGUGCCAGGAUGCAGAGUGACACGGGGAAGCACGUGAUGGUGGGCAGGCGGCUGCUGAUGGGCACCUGUGCCUGGCUGCGCUACACAAACCCCUGUGCUUUCUCUACACAGAGCAGGAUCCUUCACCAGAACCACUAUGAAGUGCUGGGGCUGGAGAAGACCUGCUCGCCUGCUGACAUCAGGGAACAGUUCAUUCGUCUCUCCAAAGAGUGUCAUCCAGACACAAACUCAGCAUCUGAGUGCCACAAGCAGUUUGUGGCAAUAAAUGAAGCAUACUCUGUGCUCAGCAAGCCAGGCCUACGCAGAGCCUACGACUCAGAGUUGCAGGCGCGGCGCGUCAUCCCAGAGAUGCACACCUAUGGUGACAUCAAGACCAACGCACCCAUGGGGAAUGUAGUGUUUCAGGACGACUCGCUGUGGGAGCACCGGGACAAGACAGAGUUCUACCGCAACAAGGACCGCCCUUACUACGGCGUGAAGGGCGUCAAGAAACUGCCAAACUCUUACAUUGCUGCCGGCACGGUGAUCUUCAUGGUGGUGGGUGCCUCCUUCUACAUGUACAUCGCCAAGACAUCCUCUGACUACACCAUCGAGCAACUCAACAUCCGGGACAGACUGGCCAGCCAACACCACUCGGCAGUGCGGCAGAGAGCGCUGGCCAACGGGAACGAGGUACAGAUGGCGCUGCUCAGACAGAGACUUGAGGAAUCUGAGCAUAAGAAGUGAGGCAACACUGCUGAGCCAAGAACUGCAGAUGAGAGGCCAAGGCAGAAAGAGACAAAGGGAAACAGUAACAUAACAAUGAAAAGUGAACAGAGAACAAGGGAAACAAAGAAACAUAAUGGUGAAAAGUGAAC